AUGAGUAAAGACCAAGCCCAAUUAUUAGGAUGUAAACUUACAAUUGCUGAAAAAAAAUCAUUAGAGAGUAAGCUUUUUGAAGAUCUAAAAUACUUAAUGAAGAUUGAUAAUAUAAGUAUUGUUGAAGAAAUACUAAUGGCUUUUUUAGAAAAAUGGAAGCAUUUAGUAACAUUUAUUAUUUACUUUAAAUGGCAAUGGUUAAAUAAACCAAAUGAAUAUAGUAAUAAUCAUGGUAUUAAUAAAGUUAUGUUGAUUAAUGCUUAUUGUACUAGAAUUCUAAGAAUAAUGAGCAUGACAAAUAUGCUUGAGUCUUGGCAUAAGCAUCUUAAAUAUAAUAAUUUUGAAGGAAAAAUAAAUAGGCAUAUUGAUAUCUUGAUUUAUGAGUUAUAUGUUGUAAUGGAAGGUGAUGCAUAG